AUGCUGCUCAGAAUUAUUGGCAUCCUCUAUUUCUCGACAUUUCUAAAAUGCCAACAAUUGCCGGAUUUUAGUGUUCCGGACUUCUCCUGCCCGGAAGAGCUAAUGAGAAAAAGUGCAGCGGUUCCCAACAAUGUGAACGCUGUCCGGCCAGCAGACAUUAAAAUUAUAAUGGCCCUUGGCGACUCAUUAACAGCUGGGAAUGGAGCAGCUGCCACCGAGCUGAGCGACGUCAAAUUGCAGUAUCGCGGGCUUUCGUUUGGAGCUGGCGGAGACAAGAGUUUGGAGCAGCAUGCAACAUUGCCAAAUAUUCUUAAAAAAUUCAAUCCGGAUCUUUUUGGCUAUUCAAAUGGUAUAGGAUCACAGAAUGUUUGGAAUGUUGCACAUUUCAAUGGAGCAAUUCCUGGAGCCCACGCGAGCAUGUUAUCGCAACAAGCAAGAUCUGUUAUCGCAUUACUACAAGCACAUAUCGAUAAUGACACGCCGACAAAUUGUGUCGAAGAGAUUGAAGCGGCAAUUCGAAUUUUCUACGAAAAUGUGCCACGCGUUCUCGUUUCGGUCUCUAAUGUAUUACAUUUGGAAAUGUUGAGAAAACUUGAAGAACACAGCAAUACCUCUAAGCAAGUCCACCGGCAAGAGUGCGAUUGUGUCAAUAAAAUGGACACACCGGUUAGCAAUAUCACACAGACGAUCGGCAAUUACAAUACGUUGGAACGCCGAUUAAUGGAAAGCGGCGAAUUCGAGAAGGAUGACUUUACGGUCGUUAUUCAGCCGUUUUUCGCCAACAGCACCCAACCGCCAUUGAAGGAUGGCAUUCCGGACCUCUCAUUUUUCGCUCCUGAUUGCUUUCAUUUCUCGCAAAAAGGCCACGCGGUGAUCUCAACCCAUCUAUGGAAGAAUUUAAUGCAGCCGGUUGGUCGGAAAUCAACACAAGCUGAUUUCAGUAUGCCCGCGGUACCAUUGGCAUGUCCCGACAAGGAAUGCCCAUACAUUCGAACGAAACUCAACAGUGCUGAUUCUCUUGCUCUAUUAGUGAGCUGCACUUUCUCGACGCUUCCAGAUUAUGGAAUUUCUAAUUAUUCGUGUCCAGAAGAGCUUAUGAAAAAAUCGAAGCAUGUUCCGAAGAAUGUGAACUCUGUGAGGCCGGCAGAUAUUAAAGUAGUGAUGGCACUUGGAGAUUCUUUAACUGCAGCCAAUGGAGCUGGAGCAGAAGAUCCUCUGGCAGUAAUUCUGCAAUAUCGAGGUUUGGCAUUUCAAGCUGGCGGGGAUAAAGGCUUAGAAAAUCAUGUCACUAUUCCAAACAUUCUGAAAAAGUACAAUCCCAAUUUAUUCGGAUACUCAAACGGAAUUGGUUCGCCAAAUGUUUGGGAAGUUGCAAAACUCAAUGUUGCAAUGCCAGGCGCAAAUGCGAAAGAUCUUCCAGGUCAAGCAAGAACGUUGGUCUCACUGCUCCAUGAGCACAAAGAGUCAGUGGAUUUCAACAACGAUUGGAAGCUUUUAAAUAUAUUUAUCGGCGGAAAUGACAUUUGCGGAUUCUGCAGGCAUGAGGAUUAUAAUCCAUACAACUGCGGGCAGAAGAUUAAGGAAGCGGUUCAGAUCAUUUAUGACAAUGUUCCACGAGUAAUUGUUUCCUUAACGGGAAUGCUCCAUUUGGAAAUGCUUCGGACAACCGAUGAAGGUCACUAUUUCUGUAAAAGGCUUCACAAGGACGAGUGCGGAUGCGAGGGAAACAAAAACUUUACAAACGCUGAGAUCGCGCAAGCUUGCGACGACUACAACAAAUAUGAGAAGCAGAUUGAAACGGAUGGAACGUUCGAGAAGGACGAUUUCACCUAUGUCGUUCAACCAUUUUUCAGCAAAACUGUCGUGCCGCCAAUGAAGAAUGGCAAGCCUGACCAAACGUUCUUUGCGCCGGACUGCUUCCAUUUCUCGCAAUGGGGUCAUGCCGUCGUGAGCACCCAUUUAUGGAAUAACCUUCUCGAACCGGUUGGCGGUAAAGCGACAACGGCCAACAUUUCAGCGCCGGCCGCGGAUCUCGCAUGCCCCGACGCUACGUGCCCGUUCAUUAGGACGCCAAAAAACAGUCAAGAUUGCAGUAAAUACAUGACACCUGCCGCUUAA